UGCAGCUGCGCCUCCUCACAGGACCUGCGCGCGUCGGCUCGAGUGAAACCAGUAGCUGUCGGGUCGGUAGUUUCGCUCUCUGAGCUUCUUUCAUUCGCGCAGGUGGAAGCUCGCUUGCGCAAACUUGGGACAACUUGGAUCCCCGUCGCCAUGGGAGGAAGACGCAGAGGCGCGCCUGGGUCUGACGAGGACUACAGCUUUGUCAGCCCGGUCGUCAAGUAUCUGCUGUUCAUAUUUAACUUAAUAUUUUGGAUAAUCUCCCUGGUGAUGGUGUCAAUUGGCGUGUACGCCCGCAUGAUGAAACAUGCAGAGGCAGCUCUGGCCUGUCUGUCAGUGGACCCCGCUGUAAUGCUGAUGGUGGUGGGGGUCCUCAUGUUCAUCAUCACCUUCUGUGGCUGUGUGGGCUCCCUGAGAGAAAACAUCUGCCUCCUGCAGACAUUCUGUAUCUGUUUGACAGUGAUCUUCCUGCUCCAGCUGGUGGCUGGGAUCCUGGGCUUCAUCUUCGCUGAUAAGGCUCGGAAUAAAGUGACUGAGAUUAUCAAUAAUGCCAUCGUCCACUACCGAGAAGAUAUUGAUCUUCAAAACAUCAUUGACUUUGGUCAGAAAGAGUUUGGCUGCUGUGGUGGUGUGACGUACACCGACUGGUCCCAGAACAUGUACUUUAACUGCAAGAAGGACAACCCCAGCAGAGAACGCUGCUCCGUCCCCUUCUCCUGCUGCAUCAUGGCCAAAGACGAGAUGGUCAUCAACACCAUGUGUGGACAGGGCAUGCAGGAAUUAGAGUACAUUGAAGCUGGAAACUACAUCCACGCCAAUGGCUGCAUAGACAAACUGGUGAACUGGAUCCACAGUAACCUGUUCCUGCUGGGAGGCAUCGCCCUGGGACUGGCCAUACCACAGCUGGUUGGCAUCCUCCUGUCUCAGAUUUUGAUCAACCAGAUCAAAGACCAGAUCGAGCUUCAGAAGUACAACCUCAAGCACCGCUUCGACCCGUGGAGCUGACUUAGGCCGGAUCAGACCAGAAUCUGAUGAACGGCACCACAAAUGUGGCGGCAACAGCAGGCAGCUCUCUGAAGAAACAUCAGUCAACACUGCCUGGGUUGAGCAUUGCUCUUGGACUUAAAAGCUCAAGACUCGUGAACAAACCUUUAAUGUGCUUCGAAGCACUUGGCGUGGAGGUGGAAGUCAGGACAUGCAAGAAAACAGAAGGAGAGCUAGGACUCUGUCGCCACCUACUGGACAUGACCAUGCUUGAACUUACAAAGCUUUUACAGCGGUUAGGAACUCCCACAGCAGGAGCAGGGGAGGGUAUUUUGUUGCUUGGGGUCACACUGACGGGAUCAUUGACUUUUACUGUAGGACUGCAAUGAGCAUAAUCUGCAAGUCAUUUUUUAUCCUUCCUUUUUCAUCAAAGAUGCCAAACAGGAGCGGGAGUUACUGCGUAUCUAUGGAUUUUUAAUACCAGCUGUGUUUAUGGUGUUGCACAUGUAAACUAACUGAAAAGGGAAUUGCAUUUUUGAACAUGCUUGGGUUUUGUACAAAUAAUAAAAAAAAACAAAUAAACAA